CAUUGCUCCUGGUUUCAGCUGGUGACAAAGAAUCAUUCAAUCAGCUUUCGGUUUGCAGGUAGAGGAGCUGUGUUUUCAGCAAGAAUCCCUGAGCACUUUUUAUUCAGGGCUGUUAGUUUGAGCCAGAGUUAGGUUUCCUUCAUUGUGAGCAUCCCUAUGCAUGUUGCUGGGUUGGGAUAGCAAUACCCUAGAGCAGGGAGUCCCAAACUGGCUACAUGUACCACUGUGGGAACAUCAGCUUGUUAUUCCCUCCAUUCACUUCACAACCAUCUUUUAAGAAAGUGGAACAUGAACCAAUGACGUUUGGGAGCUGCUGGACUAGAUGCUCACUUCACUUGGGAUAAGUUUGAACCGGUCUCCGAACUCUCACGGGCCCGGAAACUGCUUCAGAAAAAGCUCUCGAGGGGCCGUCAUCCCUCUCUGGUUUCAGCCAGUGAAGCUGGUGCUGACCAGAGCCAUGAUGAUCACAGCAGACAUCCUGGCGGGGUUUGGAUUCGCUUUCCUGCUCCUGGGACUUGACUGUGUCAAAUUCCUCACGGACGAGCCCACCAUCAAGCUGCGCAUCUGUCUCGUGUCUGGAGUUACGUUGCUCAUAGCAGGCUUCCCAGGCCUUAUUGGCUCAGUGUGGUAUGCCCUCGGGGUGUACAUGGAGCGCUCCUCCCUGGUUUUGCACAAUGUGUUUCUGGGCAUCCAGUAUAAGUUUGGCUGGUCUUGUUGGCUCGGAAUGGCUGGGUCCCUGGGCUGCUUCUUAUCUGGGGCUGUGCUCACCUGCUGCGUGUAUCUCUUCCGAGAUGUUGGCUCUGGGAGGUUCUACUCCUCUAAUUCCUUGAGGAAGACGUAUUCCCCCACUGGAACAACUGUGGCAAACACAUAUUAUCCAUCAUCUCAGACAGCAACUGCCAAAAUGUAUGCAAUGGACACCAGAGUGUGAGACGCGGUAAAUGAGGAGAUUAGCGCUUUGCUUUUAUUUUGAACUGCUUAUUCAGAGGCCUGGCCUGCAGCAUUUGUGAGCGGGAUGCUAAGUUGCACCUCACAGAUACAUGUAGAAUGGCCUGUAUGGGGGCUUGAAAUAAAACCAUCAUCUUCAGAAACAAACCAAGAAAUCAGCUUCCAGGAAGGAUCAUGAAUGCAGGACUCCCACUGGGUUGUGUUCUGAGAGGUGCUAAAUAUCAGCUGAAUUCCAUUAAUUUUGCUGUUCAGCCUCAGUCAGAAUUUGGCUCAUUGACUUCACCGUGAGUUGAAAGCAAUCAGCUCUUUGCUGGCAUGGGCACCUACAUGUUGUAUAAAGAAACCAAAACAAUAAGGGGGGGGGAGGGAAUCACAGAGCUAAUCCGUGUGUGAUAAGGUGCUGACAGACCAAGGGGACCACACAUAUGGGCCUCUGCUGAAAGGCGGAUGGGCCGCCAGGUCGACAUCUGGAAUCCAUGUAGUGAGGACAUAGGUGUGUCCUCUCCUUGACAGCAACAACAGAUUAGUUCAGAAGGGAACUGGCUGUACUCAACCUGCACCCUCCCCGGCUGUCUGUGCCUUAGGGCUCACCCACAAAUCACCAGCUGGAGAAAAUGCUGUCUGCUCAGAUUCAUUCUGCCCUGCGAAAUACAAACCUCUUCACCAAAUGUUGAGUAGCUGAUCAGUCAACCCAUUUGGGAUUCUCUGUUGCCAGCUCUGGAAAUCCUAAUUCAGUACUUAACCAUUCCCUUCCUGCAUCACACAUGGACAAAUUGGGUGAGGAUGCAGAACUGGCCUUGUCUCAUGAUGAAUGGAUUGACUAGGAGCUGAUAUAACCGACUGUAAAAUACCUUUGAUCUGAACCCCGUUUAAAUCAAAACACUUUCUUAUCCAAUUCAGAGCUAUUUUACCGGGCAUGAAAUCUACAGCCCUUAUGUAGAUCUUGGGUAGGCCUUUUUUUCAUUAGGAAAAAAAAUGGUGUUUUUAACAAAUUCGCUAACACAAGUUAAAAUCCCAGUGUAGACAGGGCAAUUUUCAACAUGGUUGCUAAUAGCAGUAAACCGUGGGUGGGAUCCCACGUUUAACUCACCCAGUUUAGCAUGGGUUAAGUCUACACUCCUUGUCUAGCCGAGAGUUUUAGAAUAUAUGUUUGGUAUAUGUUAGC